AUGGAAUUUGCAAUGUGUAUUCAGUUAGUGAGUAAUGUACUUAUCACCGUACUGAGUGUAUACAUCUGUUAUAUUUGUAAUUUUUGUAUAUAAUGAUAAAAGAGAAUUAGAAUUUGAUGGCUGUGGGAGCAUUAUUUGGAUUAUCAAUUUUACUUGAAAUAUUGUCUAAUUCUAGAUUAGAGAAAAACAAUCUUAAGGUAAUUUCGAUCUACUUAAGUUUUUGUUGUAAAUAUUUGGGGAUUUGGUUUUUAGAUGAUUCAAGUGGAGUGAGUUUCUUGCUUUAAGGUUUAAUGUGUUUAACUUUAAAAUUCAAGAGUAUUUUUGAUCAUAUAUUUUUAUAUGAGAUGAUAGGAAUGUUUGGAUUAAUAUUAAAUAUUUUCAAUAAAGAUAAGAUUGUUAUAGAUAAUAGAGCAAUAUUAACAUUAGAAUUAGGUAUCACUUUAUUAUUUUUGAUUCUAUUUUGUAAGAUAAUAAAUCAGAAGUAGCCAGGACAUAGAUAAAACAAUUUAAUUUAGAAUUAAGUUAUAAUGGAUUAUUCUGCUAAUCAAAAAAUUAAAUAAGAUUACGAAUUUACUCCAAGUCAAUCAUCUAGAUAAAAUCUUUAAAAUUUAUUCUAAUCUAAUAAUUUCAUUAUUUUUAAGGAAAAUUUAGAAAUUUUGGAGACUAAUUUUGAUCUUAAAAUUCAUUAUCUUAAUGAAUCUUGUCCAAAUAACAAUAUAUUAGUAGAAUAAUUUAUGUAUUUGUAAGUGAUUUCUUCUAAUUUUGGGGAGAGUGAAUAAAAAUACAGUUUUUAAGAAUUCAUGAUAAAAUUUAAAGACAAUUUAAAGACUUAAUUUGCAUCAUUCAUUAUUUUAAAGAGUCAAGUUUUUGAUUUAGAGAAUGUUACAUUAAAUUUAAUGCCUUAUCAAUAAGAUGAUAAUUUUAACUUUAUUGUUUCAUUUUCAUAUUUAAGUCAAUUAUUGAUAAAAAGAUUAUAAGAUGAUAGUAAUAAUCAAGUAUUGAUGGAUAUCAGUAGAUCACUAUCUCAUGAACUUGGAACUAAUUUAAAUAGUAUUAUGGUUUUUUCAAAUUUGGCUUUGCAUGAUGAUGAAGUUCCAGAAUUUGUUAGAUAGAAAUAUUUUUCACCAUUAAAAAUUAAUAGUGAAUAAUUAAGUUUAAUUGUAAGUAAUAUUAGAGAUUACAAUUUAAUAAGCUUAUAAUAAUUCAAUCUAAAAUUAGAGGAAUUCAAUAUAUAUGAUGAAGUAAAACAUAUUGAAACUUUAAUGAUUGAUAUUAUUAAAAAUAAAUAGAUUGAAGUAGUACAUGAUUAUUAAUUGAUUAAUACUAAUAUUAUCAAUGAUAGAUAAAGAUUUCGAUAAGUUUAUUUUUAAUUUUUACAUAAUGCUGUUAAAUACACAAAUACAAAUGGUACAAUACAUAUUAAAAUUGAAAUCAGUAGAUCAUAAUGUUAAAUAUCUAUCUAAAAUUCUGGUCCUGGAUUAGUAUUAUAAUAUAUAUUAUUUUGUAUAGUCUGAAGAAGAAUUGGUCAGAAUGUAGAAUAUUCUAAUUGGCAAGAAUUAAUUUGUAAAGAUAUCACCUAAUUCAGUUGGAGGAGGAUUGGGAAUUGGUAUUUCAAAUAGUAUAGUAAAGAGAUUGAAUGGUAAAAAUAUUCCAAUAAAUUGUGAUUAAAAAGAAGAUGGAACAACUUUUACAUUCUUGAUAAAAAAUCAUUUACAUGAAUUUAAUAAUUAUGAUAAUAAGAAAUCAGUAGAACUCAGAUCAAGUAGAUCCAUAAUUAAACUUAUUUCAGGUAAUUCUUACAUUGAAUAAUAACCCUUCAGUGAUUCAGCUAAAUUUAUAUUACAAUCUAAGAAUACACCUAUUGAAGAUGAUAAUAUUCUCAAAUAAACUAAAUUAUUAUUAGUUUAAGAUUAAGGAUCUGUACCAAUAAGUGAAGAUGAUUUCAUAUUAAUUUAAGAACCAAGAAAUAUGAGUCCAAAAUUUCAAUGUGAAAUAAUUGAAUGUUCUAUAUAAAGUAAUUGUUGUGCAAGAGUGUUAAUAGUUGAUGAUGAAUACUUUAAUAUUUUGAGUUUAUAAUUGUUAAUGUAAAAACAUAGAGCUAAAUGUGAUUAUGCAUAUAAUGGAAAAGAAGCACUUAAUAAAAUUAUGUAAAAAUUAGAAAUAGGAUGUCAUAUCUGUUAAAAUAAAUCUUAUAGUCUCAUUUUUAUAGAUAUCAAUAUGCCUAUUUUAAAUGGAUACUAGACAGUUAAGGAAAUCAAGAAUUUAAUAAAAAAUAAAAUAAUUAGAAAAGCAUGGUGUGUUGCAAAUACUGGAUUUACAGAUCUUGAAACUAAGAUAUAAUCAUUUAAUUCUGGCAUGGAUUACUUUCUCACAAAACCAUUAGAUGCAAAGAACUUACAUAAUUUAAUUAUUUAAAUGUUUCCACUACAUAAAUGA